CUCAAAGGAAGGCCCUCCAAAACAAAGAACGCCUCAAGCUGAGUAACAAUGGAGGCGGUCGCCAGCAGCUGCAGCAAGUCCUGGGGCACUCGCCGAACCUCCUCGCAUCACCACCGCCCAUCACCAUCUCUCUUCUUUCCUCCUUCACUCCAAAUUCACUAUCCCAUUCGACGGUGGCCACGUCUCGCGUCAGGUUUGAAUUUGUGGAGACAUGGAUUGGUGUCAUCCUCUGGAGGCACGAUGAGAGCUGUGAAUGGAAGCGAGAUGGAAUAUUUAUCGCCGUGGGACGAUAAACCUUAUGAAACAUUGCCAAAUGGUAAAAUAGCUUACGUGGAUGAGCAAGAUGUGGUCACAUUUCUUGACCCUCCCAAGGAGUUGAUUCCUCUUGACCCGAGUUCUUAUAACCCAGCUGCUUAUUUAUGGAAGAAAAUUGAAGACAUUCCGGAGGAAAGGCGCCAUCGACUGCUGCACUUGCUAAACCCAAGGCUUAUAACAAGAGCCUGGGAGAUAGCUGGCACACGGUAUGAGGAUCCUAAGUUAGCAAAGAAAAAAGCGUCCAGUUUGCUUUCUGGUGAAGCUAAAGAGACAUCGCUCGAGUAUUACUAUUGUCGAACCAGUGGAGGUCCUCCCUCUGUUGCUUGGAUAAAUUUCUUCAAAAAGGCUAUAUUCUGUGCCAAGGAUGAGAAGAAGUAUGGCCGUUUUAUUGGUGAAUCGCUGCUAGGUCAAUUAGCAAGUUCCUUUAAUCCACUGUACUUUGUGGUGACACAAGCCAAGGAAGUAAUGUCCACAGAACAACCUUGUGAUCUAGCAUACGAAUUUGGUGAUGGAUUCCUGGAUCUCUGUGACUACCCAGAGAGCUUCCCUAAACCAGGGAAGCACCCUUAUCCUUUCGAUGAUGAAGUUGUCGUGUACCUUCGUCACAUUGGGCCUGGAGUCUUGGUAGGGCAAGCAUGGCAAGAAGGAAAGAAUUUGCAGCAAGUGCCUCAAAAGUUGUGCAGCGAAAUUCUGAUGGUGAAGGAUUAUGCAGUUUGCUGAGGACCUAUCGGCAUCGAAUUUCUGCCCCCGCUCUCUGCACUGCUCUUCUAAAGCCGUUUAAGACCGAUGCUUCUAGUUCAGUUCGACCAUCAGAUGAGCUUUUUUCAUUGUUCUGAUCAUGUGAAGAUACUGUGUGAAGAAGCAAACUAAGAGGAGCCUGAUCUGACCGCAAGCAUAGUGGCUUGUAAGCCGUGAGGCACCUGUGCACAACAUAAAGAAAACGUGUUGAACCCAUUGCUAUUGAGAGAUUCUAGCAUGGAUUGAGUUCAGAGAUUUAAAUAGCAUCACACAUUCUAGGGAUGUCCAGUUGUGCUCUAUAUAUACUUUGUCACCUUCCUUUAGCUGCGAAUCUUCUCAAUGAUUCACUA